GGAUGUGUUUGACCUGAAGAAAUACUCUGCUUCAGAGGAAGGUCUUCUAGGGCUGCUGCCAGUUGUCAACGCCUCCAACAAAGCUCUUCUGUGUGUCCCUAAACUCUCAGAGAGAGGCUAUGAAGCUCUGUCCUCAGUUCUCAGCUCCCGGUCCUCUAGUCUGAGAGAGCUGAACAUGAGUAUCAACACUCUGCAGGAUUCAGCACUGAAUCUUCUGUCUGCUUCAGUGAAGAGUCCAGAGUGUACACUGAAAACACUCAGACUGAGUCUCUGUAACUUGUCAGAGACGAGCUAUGAAGCCCUGUCUUCAGUUCUGAACUGCCAGUCCUCUAGUCUGAGAGAGCUGGACCUGAGUAACAACACUCUGCGGGAUUCAGCAGUGAAGCUUCUUUCAGCAGGACUGAGGAGUCCACACUGUAAACUGAAUAUGCUGAGACUAAGUCAUUGUCAGUUCUCAGAGAGAGGCUGCGAAGAUCUGUUCUCAGUCCUCAGUUCACAGUCCUCUAUUCUGAGAGAGCUGGACCUGAGUAACUCUGACCUGCAGGAUUCAGGCGUGAAGCUCCUGUCUGUUGGAUUGAAGAGUCAACAUUGUAAUAUGGAAACUCUCAG